AUGAUUGUUCGGUCUCCUAUAUUGGCCGGCGCGUUACGACAAAAUGGAUUGGGGAAUGUAUGUCUAUCAUGCUCCCUACGAACGGAAUUGAGAGGACUAUGGACAGGCAAGAGGAAUUUCUCAAACACGAAUGGGAGGAGGGCAACAGUAGCGCAAAGAUUGGGAACUGGGUAUUUUUUCGCAAAUAGAGAUAUCUUUGGAAAGGUGGGAAGAUGGGGCAUGGGGACUGUUGCAGAUGGACUCGGUGGGAAAGAUGUGAGCGAGGCAAAGAAGAUCAUUGAGAAGGAAUCUACGAUAUCAACCACUACAGAAACAGAAGACAUACAACCCCAUCGACGAAGGCGGCAUAAACCAUCCCUCGAGCAAGAAGGUGAUAAAGAAUUUCUCCCCGAAAACUCCUCCACCAUCCACGCCGAUCGUGCAACCGCCCUUCCACAAUCUUCUAUAAAACGACUAUUAUCAAUCCUCCUAUCCCUCUCCAAACCCCGCCUCUCUACACUCGUCGUUCUCACCGCGUGCUCAGCGUAUACUCUCUACCCCGUCCCCUCACUCCUCUCCUCCACUCUCCUCGAAACACCCAGUCUCAGUACCCUCACGCUCCUCUUCCUCACAACCGGUACCGCCCUAUGCGCCGCUUCCGCAAAUACCCUCAAUAUGCUCUACGAGCCCAAAUUCGACGCCCAAAUGUCGCGAACACGGAAUAGACCGCUUGUUCGAAAACUCAUUUCUCCCGGAGGCGCUCUACUUUUCGCAAUUGCGAGUGGGGUUGUUGGGGUGGGUGGUUUAUAUUAUGGGGUUAAUCCCACGACUGCAUUCUUGGGGGCUCUUAAUAUUGGAUUAUAUGCGGGAGUUUAUACGCCAUUGAAGAGAAUCACGGUAUUUAAUACUUGGGUUGGUGCGGUGGUUGGAGGUAUUCCUCCUCUGAUGGGUUGGACGGCUGCAGCUGGACAAACCUCCACGCAUCUUUCUUCUUCCUCCACGCCUGAAUGGCAAGACUUAUUACUCGGGCCUGAUAGUGCGGGCGGUUGGUUACUAGCCGGAUUAUUAGUCUCGUGGCAACUUUCCCAUUUCAUGUCCCUAUCCUGGUCCAUCCGUCACGAAUACAAAGGCGCCGGAUAUAGAAUGUUAUGCUGGGUAAAUCCAGCCAUGAACGGCCGCGUGGCUCUUCGAUAUAGUAUCCUCUGCAUCCCCAUAUGCAUCGGUCUCUGCUACGCAAACGUAACCGAAUGGACAUUCGCAGCAGCGAGCAUGCCCGUAAAUAUAUGGUUAGUGCGAGAAGCCUACAGAUUCUGGUAUUACGAGGGUCAAAGAGGAAGUGCGAAGAAACUUUUCUGGGCAAGUGUUUGGCAUUUGCCGGCAGUACUUGUUUUGGCGAUGGUGGAGAAGAAGGGGUUAUGGAGUAGGAUCUUGUCGGUGGUUUUUGGACAGAGGAUACGGGAUGACGAGGAUGAGGAGUGGGAAUAUGUGGAUGAGGAUGAGAAUGAGACAGAGGAGAUACCGGUGCAGAAAUUACCUGUGCAGAAAGAACCGGUGGCAGUCCUGGCCGCGGCAAAUACGAAUAGAUGA